CGCGAUCUCUGCUUCGCCGCACUACGCCCUUGAGUUCCGCCCCAAACGGGAAAUGACGCCGGCGCAGAAAAUGGCGUCCGCGGAGCCCGUGGACCGCUGCGGUCUGUCGUCCCGUGUAAUUUAGAAGCCGAGCGCGCGGGUCUCUGCGCCUGGCAGGUGGACGACACCAUGGCGGUGCGCCGCCGCCGCCGCCCCCGUCCCUCGACUGCGGAGUGAGAAACCCGCCGCUUCAUGUCCGAAGGAGCCGGAGCCGCCUGGUCGAAGAGGGGCUGCGGGGAUUCGCACCGCCGAGAACCAGGGAAACAUAAACACAGGAAAUGCGAGCAGCCCCUUAGCGCUCAGCCGCCGAACCCUGCGACCGUUCCCCCGGGUUCCAAAAGGUGUGUUAUGUCGGGGGCAGAUGUGGAGGUGUACCUGUCCCAGGUGCACGAUGGGAGCGUGUCGUCGGGCUUCCGGGCGCUGUACGAGGAGCGUCUGCUGCUGGACGUCACCCUGCUGAUCGAGGAGCAUCACUUCCAGGCCCACAAGGCGCUGCUGGCCACACAGAGCGACUACUUCCGCGUCAUGUUCACAGCCGACAUGAGGGAGAGGGACCAGGACAAGAUCCACAUGAAGGGGCUGACGGCGGCCGGGUUCGGCCACAUCCUGCGGUUCAUGUACUACGGCUCGCUGGAGCUCAGCAUGCCCACCGUCCAGGAGAUCCUGCAGGCGGCCAUGUACGUGCAGCUGACGGAGGCGGUGGAGUUCUGCUGCUCCUUCCUGCUGGCCAAGAUCUGCCUGGAGAACUGUGCCGAGGUCAUGCGCCUCCUGGAGGACUUCAGCGUGGGCGUGGAGGGCGUCCAGGAGCAGCUCGACAACUUCCUGCUCGACAACUUCGUCCCCCUCAUGAGCCGGCCCGACUUCCUGUCCUACCUCAGCCUGGAGAGACUGCAGGCGUACCUGAACAGCGACGCUCUGAGCCGCUUCCCGGAGAUCGAGCUGUACGAAUCCGUCCAGUCGUGGCUGCGACACGACCGGCGGCGGUGGAGGCACACCGACACCAUCGUGCAGUCCGUCCGCUUCUGCCUCAUGACCCCGGCCAACAUCUUUGAGAAGGUGAAGACGUCGGAGUUCUACCGGUACUCCCGGCAGCUGAGGCAGGAGGUGGAUCAGGCGCUCGGCUACUUCCACGACGUCAACCAGCAGCCUCUGGUGGAGACGCGCUCCAACCGCAUCCGCUCCGUCCGCCCGCAGACCGCCGUCUUCAGGGGGAUGAUCGGCCACAGCAUGGUCAACAGCAAGAUCCUCCUGCUGCAGCGCCCCAAGGUGCCGCCCUCGGGUUGGUUCGGCCCGCCGGCCCGCAGCAGCUCAGUAAGCCGGGCCCUUGUCUUUCCCCAGGUGUGGUGGGAGCUGGAGGGGCCUCAGGUGCCGCUGCGACCCGACUGCCUCGCCAUCCUCAACAACUUUGCCUUCCUGCUGGGCGGCGAGGAGCUGGGCCCCGACGGGGAGUUCCACGCCUCCUCCAAAGUCUACCGCUACGACCCGCGACAGAACUCGUGGCUCCGCAUGGCCGACAUGUCGGUGCCCAGGUCCGAGUUCGCCGUCGGCGUCAUCGGCAAGUUCAUCUACGCCGUGGCGGGACGCACGCGGGACGAGACCUUCUACUCCACGGAGCGCUAUGACAUCACGGAGGACCGCUGGGAGUUCGUGGACCCGUAUCCCGUCAACAAGUACGGCCACGAGGGGACGGUGCUCGGCGGCAAGCUCUACAUCACCGGCGGCAUCACCUCCUCCUCCACCUCCAAACAGGUGUGCGUGUUCGACCCGGGGCGGGAGGCGGGAGGAGGAGGCGGCGGCGGCGGGGGAGGCGGGUCGGACGCACACAGGACACGCGCCGGCCGCGGCCCGCCGCCGCCCGGCUCCCACGCCUCCUGCUGGGAGAACAAAUCCAAAAUGAACUACGCGCGCUGCUUCCACAAGAUGAUCUCCCACAACGGGAAGCUGUACGUGUUCGGGGGCGUGUGCGUCAUCCUGCGGGCGUCCUUCGAGUCGCAGGGCUGCCCGUCCACCGAGGUGUACGACCCCGACGCGGACGAGUGGACCAUCCUGGCCUCCAUGCCCAUCGGCCGCAGCGGCCACGGGGUGGCGGUGCUGGACCGGCAGAUCAUGGUGCUGGGCGGCUUGUGCUACAACGGCCACUACAGUGACUCCAUCCUCACCUUCGACCCCGACGAGAACAAGUGGAAGGAGGACGAGUAUCCCAGGAUGCCUUGCAAACUGGACGGUCUGCAGGUGUGCAGCCUGCACUUCCCGGAGUACGUGCUGGAGCACGUCAGGCGCUGCAGCUGAGGGCGGCUCCCAGCAGCGAGCCGCCGCUUUUUGUUUUAUCGCCACGGGGGAAACGCGCCCUUCGAGGACUGAAGUCGCUCAGAGAUCAGGUGUUUCGCAGGCGGGGGCCGAGGGGGGGGGGGGCUUUUGAAAAGAGACGAGUCCAGCAGCACUCGGGGAGACGCGCCCCGCGCCGCACUGUUCUCAAUGAAGCCCAUCGAAGACGCCGCGUACGUUCGCUCCAGCGUUCUCAGAAUCCGCUUCUCAGAUAAUUGAAGGGCGGAGAAACGUUUUAAAAUCUCCUCUAGUCACCUUCUGUAUUUCAGCUUCUGGCAGAAACGCACUGGAAGCAAACUAACUGCACACGGUGAUCUAUUUAAAGUUGCUUUUAUGGAGAAAUAGAUUAAAGUCUAUUUCAAACAAACACGCCCUUUAAGAUCCAAAACUACUGGAACGGUGCAGCAAAUUCCUUUAUUUGUGUUGUUCACUGAAGACAUUUGGGUUCAAGAUCAAAAGAUGAGUACGAGACAAGAGUUCAGAAUUUCAGCUUUUAUUUCCUGGUAUUCACAUCUGGAUGUGUUUUUUUUUUUUUCAAGUAUUGGAACAUGUGACUGACAGGUGUUUCGUGUUGCCUUUUAGGUUGGUUGUCCAAACAUUUAAUAGCUCUGCAUGACUUUUCACCCUCGGUUCAAACACAUCAAGGCUGCAUUUCCUGUUAAAGAGGAUAAACCAACAUGAAGACCAGAGCGCUGCCUGGGGGAGAAAAGAAGGAAAGUCGAUCAGAGUCAUUGGGAAAAGCAAGCACAACAAUUUGGAAUGUCCUGAAAAAGAAAGAAACUACUGAGUAACAGAUGUCGAACAGGUCGAACAAGGAAAACAACAGUAGUUGAUGACAGAAGUAUCGUGAGAGCUGUGAAGAAAACAUCAGUAAGUGACAUCACACAGUGCAGAGGUGAAGGAAUCACAAUCCACCGUUCGGAGAAGACUCAGAGAGCAGAAAUAUGGAGGCCGCACCUCAUGAUGCAAACCACUCCUCAGCAGUCACAAUCCAAAGAAGUACAGAGAUGAGCCGCAAAAGUUCUGGAACACAAGCUUAUGGACCGAUGAGACCAAGAUGAAUCUCUACCAAAGUGAUGGGAAGUGUGGAGAAAGAAAGGAACUGCUUAUGAUCCGAAGCAUACAAGCUCAUCUGUGACGCAUGGUGGAGGAAACGUCAUGGCUGCUUCUGGAACAGGCGCAGGCAGCAGCAGAAUGAAUUCAGAAGUUUACAGAAACAUUUCGUCUGCCAAUUUAGGGAGAAAUGCCUUGAAACUAAACGGGAGGAAGUUGAUGAUGCAGCAGGACAACGACCCAAAGCACAUUGCCAACAAAACAAAGGACUUCAUCAGAGGAAAAGGUGACUUGGCCAGUCUGCAACCUUCCAAUCACCUGACCUUCAGCCAAUAGAGCAGGCACUUCACCGCCGCAAGAGGAGACGCCCCGAAACAAACAACUAAAAGAAGCUGCGGUAAAAGCCUGGAACAGUUUGGUGACCAAAUACUAAACGUUAUUUACUUUAAGAUGAUUUGUUCCAAUACUUUUGCUCAUUUGAAAAAUGGGUGGGUUCAAACAAAGGGGGGGAUGUCGUGAGUUGUUUAACACAUCCAAAUGUGAAUACCAGGAAAUAAAAGCUGAAAUUCUUUUGAUUUAAACCCAAAUGUCUUCAGUGAACAACACAAAAAAAGGAAUUUGCUUUACCGUUCCAAUACGUUUGGAGGGGACUGUAUGUUGAAUUAUGCCAUCGGGUAUAUAAACAAGUCAACACUAUUUAUUCCAGUGUCUACUACUACUAGUAGUACUAGUACUUUUCCACAUGAAUACAAACAGUCCAGAGGGAUUAAACGGAUUCUUUUACCUCGCUAACGCGAGCUGCUUCUUCCAGUGCGUUCCAGCGUUUAGUCCCAAUUCUGCUCUUUACGGAUAUCAUCCUCCUGUGCUCAUGUUCCAAUGAUGUGUGUGUGUGUGUGUGAGGUAGUGGGCUGAAUCCAACUUAACUCACGGUACACGGGUGCAUUUAUUUAUUCAUUCAUUCAUUCAUUCAUGCGGCAUUGACAUCCCGGUAGUGGUGUCUUUUAUUUUGGCGAUAACAGGAAGCGGCUGUGAAUGCGUCACUGGCAGUGCUUUAAAGCUCCUCUACAUUCCCUGCACUUUAUUGUUGUUGUUGUUAUGGGAUGCUGUGGUGGCUCUACGUGCACACUGUUACCAGCACUCGAAGCAGCUGCAGUAUUAAACGCUCGGCGUGUCUGAAAUGAAACCUGCCUGAUGGGAUCAGCUGUGAGUCGUGGAAUAAACGCUGGGCUUCGUGCAGGAACCUCCUCGUGUUCUCAUCCCAAACUUCUCCCACCAGUCGGACUCUAAACUCUCUUUAGGCCGCAAUAUUUCAUCCGUUGAUAUUUUCCUCCAUUUGUUUUAAAGGUUUCAUUCACAAAAAAACUCCCAAAUAUAUUUACAAUAUUUUAGAUCCAUCAGUUUCUGGGAAAGACGCUUUUCAAUGGACCUGAAGCAGGUAAAUGUUCUCAGUGAACACCAAUAAGAUGAAAAUUCACCUCAUUCACCUUUUUUAUAUUGCAAUAAACGCAGCUGAUAGUGAGACGUUCUCCAUAACUACUGAACUAUAUCCACUUUUUGAGGGAACCUCGCGGGAACUAUUUUCUAUUUCUAUAUUUAUUUUGGUUUUCAUCACCUGUCAGCUGGGUUCAUUUCAGACAUUUAAAAAGUGCCCCGUUCAGGCCGGGUUGGUUCCUCAUGUUCGGCGCCUCGUUACCGGGCCGACGGCCCCGAGCUCCACGUAUUUAUUUCGUUCUCCGUGAGCUGUGAACGCAGGCUCCUCAGCCUGUUUGUGUUUUUAAGUUAUGAAUUCUUCUUUUUUUUUUUCAUUAUUUAUUACCUGAACGUCCCGUCGAGCCGUCGUCUUUCUUUGGAACCGUUUUUUAAUUUUUCCUCUCGAGAGAUUUCUGGAGGGACGGAAGGUUUUUAUUCACGUCUCCAGAAACUUCACAUUCGACUGAAUUCAAAUCCACAAAAGAUGAUUUUCUCUCUUAAAUACGAACGUUUCCAGCAGACCUGAGAGCUUCACCACGUGUCCUCCUGUCUCCAUGCGUCCUUUGGUCGCCAUAGUUACCAUGUUGGAAUGCUACGGCUGCAGACCUCUGCACACAUUCUGUUUUUAAAGGGGGGGUUAAAACAAAUGUUUUCAGGAAAUGAAUUGGACCUGCAAUAAAUGAUCUUAAUCAAUCGAUUGAUUAGCCAGUAACGUCUCAAUAGUGAAGAAUAAACCAGACGCCUUCAAAUGUUUGUUCAACUUGUUGGACCCAACAGACGUUUAUUUCUCAGAUCAAAAACCUGUUGAGCAGCUAAACGAGGAACUCAAAGGGGAUUCAGAUAUCUUCAUUCCUGUUUUUUCCAGCUUGAAAAGCUUUCCGGCCCCUCGAGCAGUUCUCUCCGUUUGAUGAUCCUGUUUUUUGCACUUUUGUUUUCCUGGUGGACCUCAGGAGGAAGACGCGAGGUCCUUCACGUCUCUCAUGGACAUCUCACCUGCUGCUCCUCCUUCCUCUCAUGUCGCUGUUUAAACGAAACGUGUAACCAAUAAAGUACUACUGUCCUGAUUUAUGGCACACAGCGUCCGUUAGUCCCCGGUCUUCAGUCUGUCCGUAGGAAAACAGAGUAGAGGAUUUAAAAAAAUGACGAAACAUACCUUGCUGCAACGACUGUAUCUGAAAAAGAAAGUAAAAUCAGAUUAAUAUACCGUAUAAUCUGAGUAGAAACUCUUUGGAAACGAUUUGUAACUUCUUUCCAGAAAUAAAUGUUCAUAUUGUCAAAUUUCA